AUGCAACAAGUAUCAACAUGCCGUGACGUAACAAAACAAUUCCUGGAGUGUUUUCCAGGUCGGGAGUGUAGAACAUUGGCUGAAUUGCAGACAAAGUUGGCCCAAUUCCAACGUCUCACAGGCACUAGCUACACUCGUUGCAGCAGUGUUACUGCUUCAACCUUUAAGAAGAGGAGUCAACAGAUAAUCCCGAUGGAAAUAGGCUAUUCAAUGCUUCUCUAUAAAUGCGUACACACUAGUGUGCGUCGGAAUGCAGACAAACGUGGUCGUCUUUACAAAGAUUACAACUGUGGCUCCUACUUCCGCAUUGUGUACCGUGAUAAAUGCCUGCAGAUCAUCCGUUUCAACAUGUGCCAUAAUCAUGAUUUGUCUUCAACUAAUUGGCAAAUCUACCCCAGUAACAGAAAACUUUCCGAAGAACAGGAGCGCACUUUGCUAUCGAUCUUACCUUCUUGUCCCUCAUAUAUGGUUAUCCGUAAUUAUGUUCAGACCAAUUAUGGAAUAACUUUGACACGCGAUGACUUCAGAAAUCUGAGAAAAAGGAUUGCAUGUCUAGAGCAACAACUUGUCGCAUCUGAAACCACGCAACUGACGAAUCACAAUGCAUCCUUGCCACGCACUUCAUCUCACUUGCCCGCGUUCCGCGACUCUGACUCUAAUGUUGCCGAGUCUGAGAACCACAAUUUAACAGAGAGCAGUACAGUAACGAACGCAAAAGAUAGGCGGGAUAUAGCUGCACAACUCACUUUUGAGAUAUUCAACGCACUUGUUCGCUUGGAUUCCACUUGGUUCAACUAUUACCAUGCGUUGUUUACACAGAUUCUUGAACACAUGUGCCCCUCUGGGGGGUCCGCACCAGAAAUGCCCAAAGUAGGAACUACCCUUCCUGGCCAUGCACAAUUAGGCAUCGGGUCUUUGCCAAACUCCUCUUCUGCAGCUGAGAUUGUUGUUCAGAAUUACAAACCCAUACUACCAAAACCACAACCGGGGACGAAAUGGACUCCACCCAACAGCUCCCGUCGUCCCAUAAAACGAUCAUCGUGGUUAGCACUUUCAUCCAAUACGACAACUGCGACCACAAAACGACGGCGGAAGACUCCUUUAGACCGUGUUUUAUCUUGUGAGCGUCAACUUGAUGCAGUCCUCGCUUUGUGGCCGAAUCGUUCGGGGUCCGCUAAGAUCCCACUCGAUCUGGAUGAGUGCUCACCUGAGGAAAGACAACGCCGUUUGCUACGACGUACUCCCCGCGCAAGACUGGCUUUACAAGAAGAAAUUGAGGACACUUUUGAUCGUUCUGCUUAUGAAUUUCUCUUGAAGUAGUUUGUUUUCUGCCUUUUUCUCUGUUUUCUAGUCUAAUGACUGGUUGAUG